AUGGAGGAUCCCGUGAGCCAAGCAGUCAAGAAGAAGCCUGCUUUCGCCUUUUGGGGAGAACGACAAGGCAAGGAGAGUACUUCGAGUUCAAGUAGCGCAACACCAGCAUCCAUGUCAGAUCUCGCUUCCGCUUCCACUUGUUCUUCGGCUUCGCCAUCAACCUUGAGACGCAUCGACGCUCUCGAGCAACGCGGCUCAUCCGUAUCUCCAUCAAUGCAGCGCACAGCCUCUUGCUACCAACAGGCGGGCUCAAGUUCUGGUGUGGGACUGAGUGGAGUUCAGCGCUUGAUCCAGCAGUACCAAACUGGAGCUGCUGCUGCCGCUGCUCCGGCGCCCAACUCUGUUUCGCUUGAUCGAAGCUUGUCUGGAGGUCGUCUUAAUGCCUCGCCCUCACCUCAAUCCAGCCGCAUCGCUUCGUCAUCCAGCCCGAGACCAUCGAUUAGUGCUGAUGCAACGCUGGCUACCGGCACAUCCGCUGGCUCUCCCCUUGGCACCUCUUGCAACAAAUCACAAGUGCAACCACAAUCUCCGUCUCUGUCGGCACAGCCGUCAACAUUCACGCUCGCCUCAUCCGAAACUUGGUCAAAUGCUUCCUCUUCGGCAACUCCGACGUCACGCCUCUCCAGUGCUGCAUCCGCCAGCGACGCAUCUUGCUCUGCACGCACCCUCCCAGCGCCAGCCAAGCAAGCCGAUACGGAAAAGGCAAGGCGAAGACGUCGACUGUUGCAGGAGCAACUCCGCAAACGCAAUAUCAAACGACGCAGUGCUGGCGCCAUCGAAGCGGGCGCAUCAGCGAGACUAUCUUCAGAAGAUCAAGAGCAAGCCGUAGUUGCAGAAGCGGAUUGCCAUCAAAAUCAUCCCUCGGCCCCUUGCGACUUGCCGAGUGACUCUCGGCCAGAUCCGACAGAUACUAGAAGGCCUUACUCAUCAUCACGCCAUCCACCUCUUAUCUCCGAACUGAGCAACACUAACGGCGGCGGCAGCCCUGCCGAAUCGGAUGCGUACCGCGAUGCUCACUCACCACUCGUCACGCCUUGCAAAGCGACUACUAGAACAGCGACUACUAGAACAGCGACUACUAGAACAGACACUACUAGAACAGUAUCAGGUGCGGAAACAAAGUCGAGCAGUGGUCGUGCAACAGCUCGUCGACCAUCGUUGGACGAGACACGUCCUUGGCUUGAGUUGAGUCCUUUGCUGCCGGACAGCGAGCUGCUUGAGAGCCCGGAAAAAUCGGCUUCUGCUCCUGGCUUGGCGCUUCUCCGCCGCAACGCUCCAUCCGAUCUCGCUGAUUCAGCGAGUCAAAACAGUGCUCCUGCCCACUCGGACCAAGCUUGGAGCGUGCCACCUUGUCCUUUGCGCUCUCACUCGGCCUCUUUGCUGGCAAGUGACGACUCCUCCCUCUCACCAACCGCUCUUGGCUUCUCAACGCCACCAGGAUACUCAACGCCACCAGGAUACCCAUCUGCCUCUUCCUACCUCUCCAUCAACUCGCCCAACCUCAAUCAGAGUCCCACUACCCGUGUCCAUCGCAACACAGCCUUGCCGCCACCGAGACCAACUCCACAGGCUCCUCUGCCUCUACCGCCAUCCCUCGCUUCAUCCACUGCCUCCUCUACCGCUCGCCAUGCCUCCACUGCAGCAGCAGGGCCGACAAGAUCUGCACCCAGCAGCUCGAUUCGCAACCUAGCUCCUCCACCUUGGUCGUCUGACCAGGCCGACCUCUUUGGCCGCCAUGCUCUGCGCUCGAGAAACUGCAGUCUCGAACAGGAGCUCAACUCUACCGAUGCAAACUAUCAACAUCUGUCGCAGCUGCCCAUAGUGAACACAGCUCCCGCCCAAACAUUAGCGCUCUCACCUCUGACCAGUCCUACAGACAACUCCUACUCAGACAGGGCUUCUACCUUUGCCCUUCCUAUGAUUUGCCAACGUAGCAAUUCACUGCAGCGCAAGGACAGCGAAGCCCUCGAGGCUGCCGCCAGAACUGCAAAGCCCACACCUACUCAACAGGCUCCCCUUACGCUUGCAGAAGUACCUUCCACUCGCUCUUCUCGAAGCAGCUCCAACAGCAGCUCGACUGUCGGCAGGCCAAGAGGCUUCACUGUCGGCGCUAUCCCUCGUCCCUCGAGCACGCUUCGAAGCAGCAGUGGAGCAGCCACCGUCCAGCAUGCAGUCAAGUCGAGGCCACGAUCGUUGCUAUCCAACCAGAUCUUCCCGCUCGAUCUUGCUGAGCCGAGGUACAAGUCAAGAUCCGGCAGAGACGACGAGGACAGCGCUCGCAAGACGUACAGCAUGGACAUUGACCGUCGCGUGUCUUUUUUGACGAACAAUCCUAGCAGCUCAAGAGGCGGCUCUGCUGUCGGAAUCAGUCGAGGUCUCUCAGCCACUUGCAGCAGCGAGCGCGAAGCAAGCCGAGUUAGCAACGGUGCUGGUGGCUCAGGCGAGAGACUCGCAUCCGAGACUACCGAUCGUCGUCCCAGCGUAGGAGGACGCAGCCGCAGCGGAAGCAGCGCCAGUCUACUGCAGCAAGUCAACUCGCAGCCUAAAUCGCAUGCCAGCUUCGUCAUUGCUGUUGUUGGACAUGCUCAUUCGGGCAAGUCGACCGUCAUCAAGAAGGGCUUGCGUCAGUUCGGUCUCUCCAAGCCACAUGUCUUGUCCGAGAGAGUGACCUCGCACUCGACUGUCUGCGUCGUCGAUCAGGAGCAAAGGACAAUCGAAGUGCUCGAAAUCGAUGCAUCCGUACUGCUCAACGGUCCCAGCAAACGCUUCGCAUGGCCAAAGUUCCUCCCACACAUUGAUGCAGUGAUCCUCUGCUACGACGCUUCCGAGAUUGCAUCCUUCCGUGGCAUGUCCGAGUUGCUCGAGAACUUUGCCGUUGCCAAUCUCAGCACUGUUAUGCUUGCCUGCAAGUCCGAGGUCCACCCCAAGGCCGUCGAUCCCUACUAUGCCAGUGAUAUGGCGUGCAUCUACAACGUCGGUCUCGCAGAGUGCACGGUGCAGAGCGAAGAGGGCAAGAAGCGCAUGCGGGACUGUUUCUCGUAUCUGGUGAAAGAGGUGGCCAAGUCUCGAUCUGGUCGCGCUCGUCGUGGACCCGCUAGCACCGUGCCUCCGAUCCUGUCGACCGCCAUGGCUUCGCAGCGGUCACAAUCGCCCGGUGCUCCUCCAGGCCAGGUAGUGCCCCAAACUCGUGCCGGCUCCAUCACCUCGCAAGCAGGCGCUGCUUUGCCCGGCAGCGAAGCAGUGGCAGGCAGCGGCGAACAGCUUCCGAUGCCUGCAGCCCUCUUCGACCCAAUGCGUGCCAGAGGCUACAGCAAUGCAAGCUCAGCUUUGAGUCGAGCAACAGCUGCAGGAGGCAGCGAAGCUUCGAUCGAUGACGCCUUCAUGGCCUCAGCACUCCAUCAGACGAGGCAUGCGACGGGCAACAUCGACUUAAUUUCCAACUCAAUCGCCGCUGCUCACAUGCACACACAGUCACAGAUUCGCACAGCUGCUACCUCUGCAUCUGACUCGCAUUUCACUCCUCGAAAGAUGAGCAGUGCUACCGUCGCCUCAGCUAUUUCGGACGCGCCAUCGUUCCAGUCGGAGGACAACGCUAUUCUACACGAUAGCUUACAACGAGCACAGAUGGGUUUGCAGAAUGCUCGAUCCAGUGGAGGCUAUGUUUCCAUCGAAGAGUUGUGGGACAAGCUUUUCCACGCCGCCAUUUCACGCACGGAUGAACGAUUUGUGACAAUGUUCAUGGUCUUUUUCCGAGGCUUUGCUACACCGAUGGACUUGCUUCAGCAGAUGAUGGCACGAUUCGAGACGUUGACUGCGGAGGAUGUUGCUGAUGGACUGGUACAUCGCUUCGCGUUGAUCAGGUUGACCAACAUGCUCGGUGAUUGGGUUCUCGACUAUCCUGGGGAUCUCAGCCAUCCGGAGACACAUGCUUUGCUCGUCAAGUACCAUCGCCAGCUGCUUCAUCAUCCGGAUACAGUGCAUACCGCGGCGCAGAUCCAUGCAGCUGUCGAUGCGACGGCUAACGCUGUUGAUCUGGAUGCAUUGUGGAGUAAAGCGGUCAAUAGCGAUCAGACGCAACACAAGGGUGGAAUUGCUGCUGCGAUUGCCAGUGCUUCGAGUCAGCAGCAGCAGCAUCAGCAGCAGCAGCAAGUCGGCGAAGCGGACAGUGCGUCGAGUUUGCCAGUCAGCCACUCUAGCAGCAGCACUUCGGGGUUGAUGUCGUCUUUGGGCAACAACAGUCAUGACUUUGAUGGUAGCCGUCGUUCGGCUGAGGAUGCCUCGGAAUCGCACGAGCGAACGGGAUCGGAAAGCAGUUUGCCAACGCACCCAGAAAUCGGCAAUGGUGCAAGGUCACGUAGUGCUUCUGAUCUCACCACGUCUUCAACAGAGGGUGCUGCUGUGAUCCACAAAGACGGCAAAGCCACUUGGCAGGCAGGUACUAGCAUUGUCAGCGGUCACACGCAAACAUCAUCUUCUAGUACGAGUAACACCACGGGCACAGCCACCAACAACCCCUCCUCCUCCUCUGCCGCCUCCUCUUCGGCCAACCUCAACGAUCCUCCCUCUGCGACAACUAUCCCCCCCGCCCCAGCUCGCAUGCAAGACCAGAAAUCGACCCUCCGCUCGAUCUCCAACACUCUCAUGGAGAUCGACGAUGAAGUCAUCGCGACCGAACUCACGCGUCUGGAAUGGACCUAUUUCACCGCGAUCCAACCGCGCGAUCUGCUACGACACAUUCUCGUCCCUCACGAUAAACGAGAUGGACCAGUCUCGCGAUCCAUUUGCCACUUCAACUACAUUUCCAAUUGGGUCUGUUCCAUGAUCCUUGUGCAGGGAAAGACGAAGCACCGGGCUAGAAUGUUGGAGAAAUUCAUGAACAUCGCAUCCAUCCUUCGGCACAGUAACAACUACGGCUCUCUCAACUCGGUUCUUGGUGGCUUAUCCAAAACUGCUGUACAUCGUCUCAAGCAUACCCGAGAACUGCUUAAGGGGAAAAGUGUCAAUAAGGCUUAUCAGUCGUUGGUUAGGUUGAUGUCCAACGAGAGGUCUUCUGCAGCGUAUCGGUUGGCGUUGGAGAAUUCGGAUGGGCCUACAAUUCCCUAUGUUGGCGUCCAUUUGCAGGAUAUUCUGUCGAUUAGUGAUGGCAAUCCCAGUAAGAGGCAAGAUGGUAUGGUUCAUUGGGCAAAGUUUUCUUUGAUGGAUGAAGCUGUUAUGGCUGUAGCAAAAUGUCAACAGUAUGAUAGAUAUUUUAAGUCUAGUUCAGCUGUUCAGAGGUUGGUCGUUGAUCUUCCUGUUAUGGAUGAUGAAGCCUUGUAUGAGAGGAGUCUUUUGGUUGAACCUAGGAAUGCCGGUGGUGGUGCGACAGGUGUCGGUGGGGUGGCCGGUAGUAAGAUUAAGGAUUUCAAGUCCUUUUUAAGUAGUCAGACAUAUAGUGCUGCUGGUUUUCAUGCCUAG